AUGGCUGGUGGAGGCAAGGUGUCUGAUGAGAGGAUAACAGAAGCCCUGAUCAAGAAGGUCAUUAAGGAGGAGCUGGAAGACAUCCCGUCCCUCACCCUCGAUGCUGUGGAAGUACAGAAUGAGCAGGAGAAAGCGGUUGUGAAGAAGGUGUCUGCAGUGGUCCGCAAAAUUGGUGACAAACUAAAGGAAGACCCAGAGAUCCAAGAUGACAUAAAGGGGAUUGCACAACACUUCCAGCAGGGCGAAGUUGAAGAGGCCAACCAGAUGUUUAAGGAGAUGUUUCACGGUGGCAUCACCUGGGAGAAGAUUGUUAUUUCACUUUAUGUUGGUGGCAAGGUGUUAGGCACAAUAGGCAUGAUGACGGCUCUGCAUCAGUCAGUGAAGCUGAUCCUGAAGUGGACUGUGGACUUUUUCAAAAAGUAUCUCCUGGGCUGGAUUCUUGAACAAGGAGGAUGGAUCCGCUGUUUGGUUCAGUAA